AUGGAGGACCAGCUCGCCCCCGACGCCCUCGCCGUCUGGUCCGAUGCGUGUCGGGCCGCUGGCCUCCCCGCCUGCUCUGCGCGUUGCGGGCUGGUGGCGGUCUGCGACGCGCUGAUGAAUCGGGCCGGAGGAGGGAAGGAGGACCUGGGACGGGCCGCGGUUGUGCUGUGGGACCUCACGUCUGGCAGCGGCGAGGUGACGCGCGAGCACUACGCCAUCUUUCUCAAAUACUUCGGCUCCAUCACGCGCUGCCUCGAAAAGCUGCGCGACGUGAUGACGAGCGGCGUGGAUUGGUUUCACGGGAAUCGGGCGCGGGAGGAAUCGGAAGCGCUGUUGGCGGCGGGCGGACACGAGAAGCAGUUCCUGCUGCGCUACAGCAGCAACGUGGGCGCCUUCACGGUGGACUACAUUAAGGGCGGCAAGAUCUGCCACUUCAACAACAUCCGGAACGACCCCGAUGCGGGAAUUGAGGUGAUGGUGGGGCGACCGCCGGCGCAGCACACAUACAAGUACUCCAACCUGAACACGUUCGUCACCAAGAACCAACACAUCUUCGGCGAGCCGUGCGUCAACCACGAAUCAGCCUUUCAUCGGCUCCAGCUGCGCCUGGCCUCGGACGAUGGCUUCUCGAGCCUGGCCGACCUCCUCCCGCUGCAGCUCAGUCGACCCGCCACCAGCACCCACCAACAACCGAUACUGAUGUUUGAAGUCGUCACAGCGAAAAGCGAGAACGACACGUUCAGGGCGAUCAUAUCGCCCAAGGGCAAGACGCCGCGGGAUCUGGCGGUGCCGCGUUCGCACUCGGAUCAGGAGCGGACGCAGCGCCAGCGCGAAAAGAGCGACAAGCAGGCCAAGAAGGAACACAAGAAAGCGAAGCAUAAAAAGGACAAAAAGGAAAAGGGGGCCGAAGCGGACGUGUCUCUGCGCAUCAAGCAGUCGCUCAACCUGGCGGGGAAGACCAGCCGACCCUCGCUCGACCUGCGCUCCAUGCACAUCGGGCCUGACCUCCCCUCGGCCGUGUGCGAGCUGCGCAAUCUGGUGAGCCUGGACCUGUCGCACAACAACCUCACGGAGCUGCCCGACGCUCUGGGCACGCUGGAGAAGCUCGAGACGCUGGACGUGACCGACAACAAGCUCACCCACCUCAACCCCGCCAUCUUCAGCGGCGGCAUGCGACGGCUGACCUCCUUCAUCUGCGCCGACAAUCUCCUCACCACCAUCCCCGACACCCUCUUUGAAGGUGUCGGGCGGUACGCGUUGGCCCAUUUGGACUUUUCGUGUAACCAGCUGACGAGCGUGCCCAAGUCGGUCUCGAAGCUCAAGUACAAGCUGCAGUUCCUCGACCUCUCGCUCAACUCCAUCGAGAAGCUGCCCCAGGCCAUCACCAAGCUCACCUACCUCGAAGAAUUCUACAUCAAGGGCAACAAGCUGCGUCAGCUGCCGCGCAGGAUGAGCUCGAUGAUCUCGCUCAUGGUGCUGGAUGUGGCCGACAACCAGCUCCACGAGGUGCCCGACGAGCUCUUCCUCCACACCAAGGCCAUGCCCGGCUUCGUCCUCAUCACCUCUGGCAACGCCCUCGACACCAAAGUGGUGGACGCACGCAUGGUGAUGGUGCAGAAGGCCAAGCCGCAGAACCAGUCGGUGCAGGACCUAUUCGACGUCUACAACUUUGGGCUCAAGUACGACCGGGGUGGCGAGGGCUCCCAGACCGCCGCCGCCGCCCUCUCCAGCUCCGGCCGGGUGCCCGCCCUCCUCCUCGCCUCGCCCAAGGGCGCCCAGCCCGAUCUCAAGUCGCCCAACUCCAAGGGCGAUGGGCCGAAGCCGGAGUGUGUGCUGGCGCGGCUGGCGGCCGAGUCGGUGCACAUCUCGUACCUGCCCUCACUAUGGCGGGCCACCCCCGGCUACCGCCUCGAGCACGCCAUCGACACCGACGCGCCCCUCGAGCCCGACCGUCAGCGCGACGACGCCGACGUCGACGCCGGCGACGAGUCGUGCCACUCGAUCCUCUACGAACACAGCACCAUAUUCGACUACCGCCGCUUCUUCCACCUGCGCACCGUGCACACGAACAUCAUCGGAAACGAGAAGCGGCUGGGUCCGGUGUGCGUGUCGAUUCAGAAGGAGCUCAAGGACAUGGAGCCCGAGGACCCCUCCAACGAGGCCCACUGCAAGACGCCCGGCACCUACCGCGUACUCAUCCGCACCGUCCAGGGCGACAGGGUGGCGGAGUUGCCGACGGCGCUGGUGAAGCAGCGGAAGAAGGAGCGCUACGCGCGGUCCAACGACCUCCUGCAGGCGGUCAAGAAGCACCUCGACGCCAGCCACAAGCUCAAGUUCUCCAUCGAUCAGCUCUACGUCAUCCGGGACGCGGCUUCACAUGAAGCCUUUGCUGAACUCGAAGACAAACUGAAAGUGAAUUCGUUCAAGUUCGGGGUCCUCUACGCCAAAGAGAAUCAGGACGAGAUUGCCAUGUACAACAACCAGGAGGCCAGCGAGGGCUUCGACAAUUUUGUGUCGGUGCUGGGCGACAGGAUCCAGCUGGAGGGGUGGACCAAGUACUCGGCCGGCCUCAACACCAACCGCAGCGGACAGUCGGUGUACACGGUGUUCCAGGGGCUGGAGGUGAUGUUCCACGUCUCCACGCUCCUCCCCUUCCGGCAGCGCACCGACGAGCUCGGCCAGCAGUGGGAACGCAAGCAACACAUCGGCAAUGACGUGGUGGUGAUCGUGUACUAUGAGGGCACGUCGCAGCUCGACCCGGCCAUCUUCGAGAGCCAGUUCAAUCACGUGUUCGCCAUCGUGCAGCCCAUCCCCGGCUCCGACCCGGUGAGCUACCGGUUACACAUGGCGUACAAGGAUGGCGUGUCGACCCUCACCGACCAGGAGGCGCAGAAGCAGCUGUUCUCGCUGCCCCGGGGCAAGAGGAAGUCGCGCGACGGUCGCGUCGCGGCGGCGGCGGCGGGCGAGUACCACAGCCUGUCGCCCGGGCGGGACGACGCGGCCCAGGGCUACAUGGCGCCCGACGCGUCGGGCGACUACUCCCCGCCCAUGGCGUCGUCGCCGUCCGCGUCCUCGUCAUCGUCCGAGUACAUGACCCCCGACGUCGCCGCCCGCGUCGCCCGCGAGCUGGACAAGGCGCAGCGGCAGUGA